AAUUCUACCGUAUUUACGUUGAAAUUCACAAGAACUACUUGUUCAUAGCAAGAUUAAUUACGUAAUAGUUGCAUAAUAUUAUAUUUUAUACCUUAUCCGUCUUUAUAAAGCGCAGGUGUGCCCAAUCGAACAUACUUAGAGAUAUCAAAUUGGUCUUUGCUAAAGAGGAAUGAUUUACGGUCCCAGUAGAGUCGCGAGCAAUUGCAAUGAUCUAAAUUUAAACUCACUCAUACACACUCUAGUCGUUUUAAUCAAACUCCAUUCAGCUUAUGUAGUCUGGAGAGUCGGAUGUUACUUUAUGUAUAUGUAUGUAACACACGUACAUGUAACAAUGUUUCGUAUUCAUUUUUAUGUGCUCUCGCUUAUAUAUUUAUUGGUCUGUAUUUUACUAGGUAUAAUAAGAUUGCGAGACGGCGUUAACAGUUUUAUAGAUGAUAGCAAUGCGCGCAGCAAAACAUCCAGGAUAAAGUAGAACCCUGUAACGAGACUGAAGAGCGACGAUGACACAUUGGCGAUUCAUUUGAUCGUAGUUUGACCAAGUAUCAAGUAUGUGUAUAUUUGUACAUUUGUACAUGUUUCCCCAUUGUUAACGGCUGCGUAGCGUCGUACAAGUAUGAACGCGUGGACUGGUCAGUUGAGAAUGAAUGAAUCGGCGUAACUAUCAAUAGCCACGUGAUGCGUAAGCCACGUGCGAACAUAAAUGUAACUAAUGAUAUCCUGUCAAAUGUCACUUGAUCGUAUCGGUGAUGUAUUAAUAAACUCAUGUGAAUGAAUGCUCAGCACAUUUUGCCGCAUAUAAAAUUUCGUACUAUAUCAUAAAUUGUUCUGAGCCUUAUAUUCGUAGCCGGCAUGAGAUAAUUGUAUAUUGAGUCGUCAAAUUCUGCGGGCACUUUUUUUUGCUACUUGUAAUCAAUCCUUUUUGAUGAAAAUGCCGGUGGAACGUGAAAGUAAAACGUUUUAUCAUAAUUUCCAAUUAUUUUCCGAAUUUCAAUCUUGUAUAUAUCACUUUGUAAUUAAAUUCCGUAUAAAAAUUGGCUUGAGAAAUCAGCUGGAGAUGAUCAUUGUUGGUUGUUCGUCUUCCCGGGAUUAAAAAAGAUGUGUAUUCAUGAUUAAAAAAACUUGAUUCAAGUAUUCAUGAUUAAACAUUCAAGUGCCUCCUUCGCGUCUUUGCUAACACAGAUGAUCCCGAAUUGAUCAGGAUAUCUGUCACUAAGUUGAAAGUUAUACGUCACUUUAUUUAUAUAGUCACUUUAUUUAUAUGUAAUCACCAACACGAUCAUAGACACCGUUUUGUGUUUGCUUGCAUAUAUCCGCGCGAUCACUCAUUUACAUACGCCGGAACAUGCGCGUGUGCGGUUCGCCGGCGGUGGUGGAUGAACAUCGCGAGUCUGCAGUUUGCUCGUCGGUGGGACACGCGGGGAGUCGAUCGGAGGCACGACCAGUCGCUGCUUGGCGAUCGCGAGUACACUUCGAGUUCUUCCGUCCACGUGUGUAAACGUGCUCCGAUCGCUUGCUUCGAGACAGUCAGAAUCACAGAGAACACAGAGGCAACAUCUCGUGAUCUUGCAAUCAAGAGACUGAACCGGCGGCAGAGGUCCACAGCAGCGGAAGCGAAAGCGCGCAAAACCAGAUCUUCAAAAUCUCCUGACAUGGUCGUGCCCACGGACCAUGAACUGCAUGAAGCAAUUCAAGUUGCGCCACUUAUACUUUCCGACGAUGUAAGACGACAAAAAAUCGAAAAUCAUAUGGAAAAGAUGCGGUUUUCCGCGGCGACGACCAGGAGGAUACGGGACGUCUUCAUUUCGGAAAUGACCAAGGGAAUUCACCAGCAGCCGUCCUCGUUGCAAAUGGAAAAUACUUAUGUGCCGGAACUGAUCAAUGGGACAGAGGAAGGACUCUAUUUGGCGCUCGACCUCGGUGGCACCAACUUCCGGGUGCUCCUGUUGGAAUUGGCUCAGGGCGCUCCCAUUCGACAAGAAGUAAAGCGGUAUUCCAUCAGAUCCGAGUUGAAAGUCGGCCCGGCCAUUCCUCUGUUUGACUAUCUGGCCGAGUGCGUCAGCGAUUUCGUCACCGCCCAAGGGCUUCAGGACACAGAGCUUCCUCUCGGUUUCACAUUCUCGUUCCCGAUGAUCCAACACUCCUUGGAUGUCGGUGUUUUGGUGACAUGGACUAAGAGUUUUAAUUGUCCCGACGCUGUCAACAAGGACGUCGUGAGGCUCCUGCGGGAGGCGCUGGAUCGACGAGGCGACACGAAGGUGAAGGUCGUCGCGGUGUUGAACGACACUACAGGCACUCUGGUGCAGGCCUCGACGUUAGACCAUGAAACAACUAUCGGACUUAUACUCGGGACCGGCAGCAACGCCUGCUACUUGGAACAGGCAGACCGAGUCAAGCACUGGGAAACCAAGAGACACGGCGAGAGAGAAGUUAUUAUCGACAUCGAAUGGGGCGCCUUCGGCGACAAUGGUGUCUUGGACUUCAUCAAGACGGAUUUCGAUCGUGAGAACGACGCCAAUUCUCUUAUCGUGAAUUCAUUCACAUUUGAAAAGUACAUUGCUGGCAAAUAUCUCGGUGAGGUGGUGCGUGUGAUACUUGCGAGGUUGACCAAAGAGGGGCUUUUGUUUGUAGGAGAAAAUACGCCACAUAGUCUGCUAACGCCUGGAAAUCUUACCACCGAUCUGGUGUCGCACAUCGAGCAGGAUUCAGUGGACGGUGAUGACUGCAACACGAAGAAAGUUCUCAAUAAAUUUGGCAUUGUUCCGGACGAGGACGAUAUCAGAAUCGUCCAAUACGUGUGUGAGGUCGCUUCCAACCGCGCGGCUCUUCUAGUAUCGAUAUGUCUCGCGGCUCUGUUGGAUCGUAUCGACAAGGAACAGGUAACGAUCGCUGUGGACGGAUCUCUCUAUAAGCAUCAUCCUCGGUUAGAGGGCUGGAUGAAACGAUAUAUUCCGCUUCUCACUUCUUCUGGACGAAAGUUCAAAUUAAUUCACGCAGAAGAUGGGAGCGGCAAAGGCGCUGCGCUCGUGGCCGCUAUCGCGCAAAGGCUUAAGAUGCGGCUACAAUAACAAUGAAUACACUAGGAGGUUCUUUUUGACGCAGUCCUUGGCCUACCGUGGCGCACCAUGCAAGUCGUCAUAGAAAUAUUCCGUGACAGAUUUUAUUCAAUAACCAAUAACGUCAUAGUUAAUCGUUAAUUCCUCUCAAUACUAUUGAUACAUGUGCGUUGUACAUCUGUACUGCAAUUCAUUGCACGAGUUUUAACAAAAAUGAGUUUAAACAUCAUAAACAUACAUCAGGAUGUGUUUACAUUGGCUUUGUGAUAAUGUGAAACGUCAAAAAGAUAUCGAUUGAACUGACAAAUGGAAAACGUGUGUGCGUGUACUGUUUAAAAAAAUAGAUAUAUGUUUCGUUAAACGCGAGGGGAGUUGUAAAAUGGAUUAAAGAGGGAGAGUAAAAUACAAAUAUUGAAAUAUUUAUUUAUUAAAUAUUUAUUUAUUAAAUAAAAUUUCAAUAUAUGAGUACAUAUGCAUUUACAAAGUAAGAGGUUGUUGCGUCUUGUAAACGUCGGGGACGUCCUUUUUUAUACGAGAGGAAAAGCCAAGUUGUUAUAAUAAAAGACUAGUAAAAUAAUGAAUCAUUUUAA